AUGGCGACUCCCUCUGCGAAACCUGGCGCAACGCCAACCCACCUCACUUCCUCCCCACACCCCGGUUCCGCGCCUCUCUCUCGCUCCAUCGCGCAUAAGUCGCCCUCUACAAGAACACCGACAGGAUACGGAGCUGGCCACCACAAUCACGCCAGUGUUUCUUCAUCCCACCAAUACGCCACGCCUCUCGCCGUCAGCAGUGGCGUUGACGACCCCGUCAACUUCAGCUCGCCGUCUGCACUUCUGGCGCUGGGCGCAUAUACUGGGAUCAGUCCAGGUGUCGCAGUCCAUGAUGGGUUAGUGGGUACCAGUAUGAACGAUACCGAUAUUCAAAAUUUGGGGAUGCAGGGUCUUAAGCUGGGACGCGAUAGCGACGAAGAACAAAGGCACCGUAUCGAAGAAGUUGUACAAGUUCUUCGAGCGCGCGUGGCUGGCCGAGGUGUCUCUAGAGAAGGCGUGGAACGUCUUAGUCGUCUCGAGGGCUUCGAAUCUAUCUGGCAGCACAACGACAUCAACAUCGCUGGAAACUUCGUCGAUCUGGAGAUUGAAUUUCACGCCGGCCACGAGGUCGUGAAGGACGUCAGUUUGCGGUAUGCCACACCCGAGUACACGGAAGGUGAGCGGAGGGAGGAAGCCACUUCCGUUUUAAAGCGCAAUCUCGUUCAAUCCCCGCAAGAUGCCGAUACUGGGAAAUGGAGAUCGUUGCAAGCUUUCUACGAGAACCUUCAAUGGCUUGCCAAACUUGACAAGCUCAGCCAAGAAGUCAAUUGUUUUGAGGCGCUGGAGGGUCUUGAGGAGAACGUCAAGCGAAUUUGGGAGGAAGAAAAUAAGGACAACAAAUACGGCGGUGCCUAUGAGCAUCUCUGUCGCGGUGUUAUUGGUCGCCCCAGCAUGCAUAAAGGAUCUCGAAUCGGUCUUGGUCUGGAGUACUGGGUGGAUCAAGCGAUGGCGAUCGAUAAGAAGAAGAACAGCUCACCCGAUGCGAUGGUCCUGGACAAUCAGGAAGAGCAAGAGGCUAGUGACCUAGAGGACGAAAGAAGGGUAUGGACUGCUAUGAUUGAGUGCGAGGAGGGCUAUCCUUCACUUCGCAUUUCCAAGGAAUGGGUUGGAACCGAAGUCUUUUCUACUGUGGAGAAGACAGAGGACUCUGACUCUGCUGAGCCUUCACAAUCUGUCAAUUGGCUCGAGCCUCCACAAACCAUGCGCAUUUCCCACGGGAACCACCCUGAUCCAAUGGCCCUUGAUUCCAGCAUGCUUGAGUCAUCACCACCGAAUCGCCGAUUUGUUCUCAAGCUCGAACCCGCCCUUGAUCUACCCAUCUUUGUGGUAUCGGAAAUAUACAGGCAUCUGGGCUUACAGCAGCACCAAGAAUUCAAAUUCAUCACAUACGACACCUUGCUAGUCUCCGGGCCAAUGGAUGAUGCACCCUUACCCGGCCAAAGGAAGUGCAGAGUAUCUGUGGACACGUUUGAGGCUGAUGGAACCUUCCGUAAAAAGCACCACAAUUGCAGCUUCCAGCCAUUUGAAGCGGUGUCAGGUCGCACCAUCAGUGAACUCCCCUUUUCCCACCCCCGUCAAAUUGCCGAGAUCAUCCCCACCUUCCGGCAAUAUGCAAUGCUCUCAAGCCUCAUUCGAAGGGUGUUCAAAGCGCCAGCGGAAGAAAGGGCUAGCGAGCAUGGUUCUUCUGCCAACCCGCAAGUUACCAGUCCUGGCUCUGUAGACCAGGCGUCAGAUGCUCCCCCUGAUCACACAGGAAUCAUCACUCUCAGUAACGAUGAAUCUACCGACGAUAAGAUUGCCGUUCUGCUAGCAGGAGGGUUCCCAUCUUCUGACUCCGACGCCGAGACCCUGUCACUUUCAAGUGGAGUUAAGAGCUUACACCUGGACGACGUUAAAGUUGAUGUGACAUUGCGGACUCAAAUCGGACAAGCACCGGCCCUUAUCCUCGUUAUCUCCGAACCUGGUAGGACAACCAGUGACACCGAAGAGAUUACUACUGAUGAGGUGAACAUCACGAUAUGCAUUGAAAUCGGCCUCAAUGGCCGUGUCACCGUGACGGAAAGUGCCGGCCUUGCGGCUCAUACUCCCGGAGGCGGGGACACGGAAAUGCAAGGGGCCGAUGACAGCGAUCCGACGCUGCAGGAUGUCCACAGGAAGAUCGCCCGGGUGCUAGAGAUCUCGCAGGACCUGGGAAUCUUGGUGGAGUGGGUCCUUCGCUCGCAGCGGCAGCGGGCCGGCGGUGGCUGA